AUGAACUGCCCCUCGCGCAACGACGACAUCACGCUCGAGCACCCGGACUGGAACCAGAACCCGCCCUUCCUCGCCGCCGACCUCACCACCUGCGAGGACCUGAACGGCAUCGCCAACGCCCGCGAGCAGCGCCGCGCCCGGGGCGGCGCCGCCGAUGGAUCCGACGGCCGGGGUGACGAGAUGAAUUACCAGACGCUGCCGCGCCUGCAGCCCGACAGGCGGCAGCCCGUUUCGGGAGGGUGGAACCACGGUUUCCACCCCCGAAACAAAAAGGUGCAUGGUGGUGACGACCAUGCGCCUCUCCUCUGGGCCUCCGUGCCCGCCCGCUCCGCCCUCUGGGGCUGGGUGAGCUGGAUCCUGUCCGUCCUCGGCUGCUCGGCCAUCAUCUCCGCGCUCAAGAGCCCCGAGGCCCCCGCCCGCCACAUGACCCACGUCCCGGACGACUCGGUCUUUUCGGGGCCGACGACGACGACGACGACGACCCCGGGCCAGGAGUCUCGGUCCCCCUCGCAGGCCGACGAGAGGCUCUCCAAGCGCGUCGACGAGGAGAACCGCCCCGUCGCGCGCCUCGACGCCCACGGCGCCCUCGUCCUCUCCCCCGCGCAGCAGCACCAGAAGGACAUUUUGCAGUGCAUGAUGCUCGAGGUCGGAAUCCUCUUCCACUCCGUCUUCAUCGGCAUGACCCUCAGCGUCUCCGUCGGCCACGAGUUCGUCAUCCUCCUCGUCGCCAUCGCCUUCCACCAGACCUUUGAGGGCCUCGCCCUCGGCUCGCGCAUCGCCUCCAUUGACUGGCCCAAGGGCAGCCUGCAGCCGUGGAUGAUGGCGCUCGCCUACGGCUGCACCACCCCGGUCGGCCAGGCCAUCGGGCUCGCCACCCACCGCCUCUACAGCCCGGACUCGGAGUUCGGCCUCAUCCUCGUCGGCACCAUGAACGCCAUCUCGUCCGGCCUGCUGGUCUUCGCCGCGCUGAUCGAGCUGCUCGCCGAGGACUUCUUGUCCGACGAGAGCUGGCGCAUCCUGCGGGGCUCCAAGCGCGUCUGGGCCUGUCUGCUCGUCUUCUUUGGCGCCUUCGGCAUGAGCCUCGUCGGUGCGUGGGCCUAG